ACCACGACCACGCAAGCAGCUUCUCCAACUUCAUCGCUUCCAUCGCCUGCAUCCCACUGCUAUCAGCAGCUACUUAUAUUUGAGAGGAUCUACAGGAUACAUAUAUAUACUGCUACUUCAGCCAUCUGAAGGUGCAACAUCGCCCUCAACCUAUCGACCCUUCCCCAGCCUAGCUGCGAGGCUGCAUCCGGCCACCCAAGAUGAUGAGCUGGUGGUCUUCGUCGGCCAACACGGCCCUCGACGAGCAGAUCGAAAAGGCGACUAGCAGCAGCUUGGAGGAUAUUGCUCUAAACCUCGAAAUCUCCGAUGUCAUUCGUUCCAAGGCUGCCGCGCCCAAGGAGGCCAUGCGAUCCCUUAAGCGCCGCAUUGGCAACAAGAAUCCAAACACGCAACUCAGCGCACUAAAUUUGACCGAUACCUGUGUCAAGAACGGCGGCUCCCACUUCCUGGUCGAGAUUGCGUCGCGGGAGUUUAUGGACAACUUGGUCUCACUUCUCCAAGCUGUUGGCGAUGUUAGCAUCAAUUCCGAUGUUCGCGAGAAAAUACUAGAGCUUAUUCAAUCAUGGGCCGGCGCCACCGAGGGUCGAUACGAACUGUCGUAUAUUGGCGAGGUGUACCAUCGCCUUGACAGAGAAGGAUACAAGUUUCCUCCAAAGGUUUCUGUAUCUAGCAACAUGAUUGACAGCAGUGCGCCACCCGAGUGGGCAGAUUCAGAAGUCUGCAUGCGAUGCCGCACGGCCUUUACGUUUACGAAUCGAAAACAUCAUUGCCGAAACUGUGGUAACUGCUUUGACCAGCAGUGCUCGAGCAAGACAGUUCCCCUUCCACACCUUGGCAUCACUACACCUGUACGCGUUGACGAUGGUUGUUACGCAAAGCUCACAGGCAAGGGACCCAAAGGCCCCCGCGAUCGUUCCCCGACAUACCCGCAUAAAACCAGAAGCUCGUCGGCGAUGCAGCCACGGAAUGCUCGCGUGGAUGAUGCUUUUGAUGACGAUUUGAAGCGCGCUUUGGCGAUGAGUCUUGAGGAGGUAAACUCAGCGACAGGUUACCAAGCCCCAACGGCUGCACCCAAGAAACCCGAGAAUACGACUGCGGCCCAAGGCGAUGACGAUGACGAAGAUCUUAGAGCAGCCAUUGCUGCAUCUUUGGCAGAUAUGGAGGAGCAAAAGCAGCAGCAUGCAGCGGCACUCAAGGCUCAAACGUCGUCACCUGGUGGCGCUGGUGCCCCCUCGACAUUUGCCAUGCCCAAGAACGACUAUGAGCUAUCUCCAGUCGAAGCUGAAAACAUUAACCUGUUUUCGACGCUUGUAGAUCGACUUCAAACACAACCACCUGGAACGAUCCUACGAGAACCCCAAAUCCAAGAAUUGUACGACAGCAUUGGAGUUCUUCGGCCCAAACUCGCACGAACAUACGGCGAAACGAUGAGCAAACAUGACACAUUGCUCGACCUGCACGCCAAGCUCUCGACCGUGGUACGAUAUUACGACAGAAUGCUCGAGGAGAGGCUGUCCAAGGCCUACAACCAGCAAAACCUGGGCUACAGCCUCGCGGGAGCCAGACAGGCAGCAGGCGGUUAUCCAUCUAUGGCUAUGAAUGGGGUGGCGUCGGCGCCAGGUGCCGAGUCGUUUUAUACUGGACAGCAACCGACAGGUUAUGCGACGGGAGCACCGUCAUACCCACCAACACUGGCGACAGCAGCAUAUGCCCCGGGACAUGCGCCUGACGCAACGCAAUACCGCACUCCAUCUAUUAGCCAAGCACCACCAGUUGGUACCGCACUCCCUGGUGCCGAUCAGCACGCGUCUUACUACUACAACUCGGCCCAUACAACUCCAGCGCCAUCUGCCCCGUCUGCGGUUGCACCUGCACCGGACGCCAGCCCGUCCCCGUAUCCCAACCUGCAACAGGCUGCACAAUAUCACCGCGGCUCUAUUUCAUCACAGACUGGUGUUGCUCCGUCUCAGCCCGUGGCCUCGGCACCACAGAACCCUCCCCAUCAACCUCAGGCCCAACAACAACAGCAGCAACAGCCAGCCCCUCCACAGCAGCAGUCAUACUGGCAGCCAUCCGUACCACAGCAGCAGAGACAGCCUCCCCAGCCAACGGGUCAGGCACAAGGCUGGGCGUACUCGGGAUACAGCCAAGACUCAUUCCCCUCUGUGCCGCAGCAUGAGCCGCAUAAGGCGCCGCCGGCUCAAGAAGAGGCGUUGAUUGAAUUAUAAGCAUGGUAGAAAAUGUAUUUUUUGACGAGCCUUGAUAUCAUCCCGGCCAUUUGAAAGCAAGCAUCAAGGUAGUUAGACAGAGCAGAUCAGCCUAGCCAAUCCCAGAGUGAUUUCAUUUUUUUUAAUUUUCAAUUGCCGUGCCUAUUGUUUCAACAAAAGUUGUUAUGAUCAUGCGUAACGCCACAUCUAGUAUUU